AUCCAGUUGAACGCAGAAAGAACGAGUUCUGACAGUCAGACAUCAUGACAUCCGUUAUCCUACUGCUCUGUAUGUUAUCAUCUCUGCUAUCCACAGGUGAGAUUUUUUAUUCAAAUUACAAUAGAUUCAGAACAGUCAUGGGACAUUGUGGCAGUUUAACAUAUAUUGUAUUACCAUUUCCCUCAUUUUCUUAUUUUAUACAAUUAUCAGGGUUAUUCUAUAAAGUGGGAAUUGUUUGGAAUUCCAAGUAAAUUUAAAAUUUAAGGCCAAGUUGCAAAAAAGAAAAUGUUACAAUUAAGCUUCACUUUUAGUUUGACUAUUUUGGCCUUAAAUUUAAAUUUAUCUUUGCAUUCCCAGCAAUUCUCAUGUUAUUGAAUAACUCUGUUAGUGAAUAGUCCUGUGAAUAAAUGAAUAACAACCUGAUAAAUGAUAUGCAAUAUCUACAUUAUACACAUAUUGUUAGUAGACACAUUGGCUAAAAUUGUUUUUUACGACAAAUUUAUUUCGGUGCUGCCACUCUAUUGGCUUAAGGUGCCAAUCUGGGCAUACCAUCCAAACGGUGUCCUCAAAUAUAUACAACAAAAUACAAAAAUGAUAUCACACUCUCUUACUGAAUUUGCUAAUUAGCAUAUAUUAUAGAACAUCACCCUUGCCAACAAAAUAAGUAUUAGCAUAUCACCAUAAAAUCCAAAUAUGACAUAUAUAUGUGUGCGUGUGUGUACAUACACCUAUACCUUAGUCACAAACUAUACAAAAGAAACAAUAUACAAAUAAAUGCACCCACAAAAUAUAUUGAAAUUAAAAAUUCACACAUAAAUAAACCCACCACACCCCUCAAAAAAGAGAGCAAGCACUAUUGGGUUAAUGAUGUCUCUAAUCCUGCAGGGAUCCCUAUGCAGUGUAGAAAAAAUUAUGGUAUCCACCUAAAUCUUCACCAAAUGUUGUAGCUUCAAAAAACAAAAACAAAAAAACAGGCAUCCAUGAUUGACAAAAUAAUCUAAUACCUACCAAGUGUCCCUAUUGGGAUAUUCCCUAUAUUUGGCCCUAAUCUUGCUGUGCCUCUUUUUUUCCCUAAUGCCCAUCUUUUUCAGGAGAUAUUGUUAGUGUGUUUGAGUGUAUAACAGAUAUCCUCAUCAAUAAUACUUAAAAUAAUGUGUCUUUAAACUAUAUAUUUAUACUUGUUGCUUCAAUCUAUAAAUGUGUUUUGAAAACAGUUUGUGUACAUUGUUGUUGUUCUAAAUUACAUUUUAGCAGCAUAUAUUAUCAUUUAUCAUUUAAAGUAUUCCUCAACUUAAAGGACUACUCCACUCUUCCAACCCCCCUCUCAAAAACCCUCACUAUUUUGGAGAUAUACCCCCAAUAAAUACAUACAAGUAUAUUUUUAUGCAUGUAUUCAUUGGAGAUACAGCCUAAAAUAGAUUCCAAAUCUGCAGUUCUCAUGACUGCAGCCUUUGUAAGCCCUUCCCCCUUUUUCUGGAAGAGACUUGGUCCCCACAUGCACGCGCCUGCCACUUGUGCAUUUCUGAAGCUGGUCUGAGGUCUGUUAGGGAGGGGGAGGCAGGCACACUUAAGUAGAGCACAGGGGAGCUAACGGAAGUAGGAAGGAAUCCUUGACAGCCAGGGGGGGAGUUCCCUAGUUAAUUUAUAAAAGUGCUGAUUUGUCAUUUAAAUCUGCACUUUUAUAAACUGGGCUUAAAUGAGGGUACUCCUCACCCAUAAAGCACAUAAGCAAGCUGAAGUUUUUUUAGGGUGUGGAGUGGUUCUUUAAUAAUCAGCAAUCAAUUUUACCAAAUACCGUGUUUCUCCGAAAAUAAGACCGGGUCUUAUAUUAAUUUAGGCACAAAAAACACACUAGGGCUUAUUUUCAGGGUAGGGCUUAGAGCCAGUCUGUCAGCCGGUGUCCGCGCUGUGUAACCCCCCCAGAGACCCUCACCUCCCCCUCCCUGUAAUAUUCUCCCCACCCUCCCUGUAAUACUCUCCCCCCUCCAUCCCUGUAAUACUCUCCCCCUCCCUCCCUGUAAUAUUAUCCCUCCCUCCCUGUAAUAUUCUCCCCUCUCUCCCUCCCUGUAAUACUCUCCCUCCCUCCUCCCUGUAAUAUUCUCCCUCUCUCCCUCCCUGUAAUACUCUCCCCCUCCCUCCUGUAAUAUUCUCCCUCUCUCCCUCCCUGUGUCACUUCCUCCCUCCUCCCAGUAAUAUUAUUCCCCAUCCUCCCUGUAAUAUUCUCCCCUCCCUCCCUGUGUCUCUCCCUCCCUGUAAUACUCUCCCUCCUCCUGUAAUAUUACCCUCCCUUCCCUGUAAUAUUCUCCCCUCCCUCCCUGUGUAUUAUCCUCCUCCCUCCCUGUAAUACUCUCCCCCUCCUUCCCAGUAAUAUUAUCCCCUCCUCCCUCCCUGCAAUAUUAUCCCUCCCUCCUGUAAUAUUAUCCCCCCUCCCUCCCUGUAAAAUUAUCUCCCAUCUCCCUGUAAUAUUCUCCCUCCCUCCUGGUAAUACUCUCUCCCUCCCAGUAAUAUUAUCCCUCCUCCCUCCCUGUAAUAUUAUCCUCCCUCCCAGUAAUAUUAUCCUCCCCCUUCCUGUAAUAUUACCCUCCUCCCUGUAAUACUGUAAUACUCCCCCCCCCUCCAAUCUUCUCCUCACCUCCCCUGUAGCGUGGCCGAGCUCCUAUCCGGUCCGCAGUCCGGGCGGGUCGCGGACCGGAGAGGAGCUCGGCCACGCUACAGGGAAGGGGAGGUGAGGCAGUGCGGCAGCCGUCUGAGCGCUCUCUAUAGGUCUUAUUUUCAGGGUAGGGUUUAUAUUCCAGCCUACCCCGAUAAUCCAGCUAGGGCUUAUUUUCGGGGUAGGUCUUAUUUUCGGGGAAACACGGUAGCAAUGUAUCCAUAGACCUUAGUUGAGGUAUUGAUAUUCGGGAAGCAGAAAACACUACCCUAAAUGUACAUGUAUAUUGUUACUAUAUUAAGAAAUAAGCAUGCCAUCUGUUUUAACCAAAUUCAGGUUUGGUCAAAUGUGUUCCAUUUCUAUUUUGAUUAAUAUUGAUAAAGUCUAAACUAAAAGUGAAAUAAAUUGUAACAAACUAAAAUUAUAUUGCGUUAGUUUAUAGUGCCAGAUGCAUUGAUUGCUCUUACCGAAAUGGAGAAACUUGUAAAAAUGAAGAAAACAUAGUGGAUUGUGGCGAAUCAGGUUGUGUGACAUUAUCUGAAAGCUGUCUUGUCAGUAAGUGCAAUAUACCACAGCAAACUAUGAACAUGCAGGUUGUUUAACUAUGCGUAAAAUAAGUUGCAACAUAUGUUUCAACAUAUUGAAAAAUAAAACCUCAUCAGCAAUGCACAAUAUUGUGUGUAUGUUGUGAAGUUCUGGGAUGUAAUAUUCUUUGUGCCGCUGGAUGUGUGACUGUAUGGAUGUAUGUUUGUGGAGUGCCACUGUGUGUGAAUGUAUAGGUGUAUGUUUAUGAAGUGUCACUGUGUGUGAAUGCAUGGAUGUAUGUUUGGUGGGUCCCACUGUGUGUGUGAAUGCAAUUUGUUUGUAGAUGCAGUAAGUAUUUGCUUGGAAUGUCACUUUGUUUAUGAAUGUAGAUUGUAUUUGAGUGGAGGGGCACUGUGUGUGAAUAUACAAAAUAUUUGUAAGGAAUAUGUGAAUGCAGUUAUGUGUGUAUGCAUGGAUGCUAUGCAUGUGUCUGUGAAAGUGGGGUUUAUAUGUGCAUAGCUUUUGAAUGUUUGUGAGUGUGAGAGUUUAAAUGUGGAGUUUCUGUGUAUUUUUGAAUGCAGGGCUUAAAAAAGGAGUAUCUUUUAUUUUGUGUGUAUUUUGGGGUGUAUAUGUGGGGUUUCUGUGUAUGUGUGAAUGUAGGGCUUUUAUUUUUUUUUUAUUUUCUCUCCCUCAUGUCACUGUCUCUCUCAUUGUCACUGUCCAUGCCUACUGAACAAGUCCUUUUCUUAAUAUUUUAUUUGUUCACUUCACUUUUCUCCUCAUCUAUGCCCUUCCAAUGCCACUUUCCCUUUCCAAUUUAUUUCCACUAGUCCACUUGUCGCUUCCAUUGCAUGCAAUUUCCUCUCCUCAAAUCCCUUUCCACCUCUCUGCUAGGGCUAGAAGGAGAUAAAAUAGACCCAGGCAGUUAUAGCAAACAGCAGUCCACUUGAAACAUUUGUCCCUCCACUUCCAAAAUCCUUGCAAUGCCCCGAGAUUCCCUCCAUGCCCUCGAAGACUAUAAUGAAAACCAUUCAAUAUUAUUUUUACAGGUAAAUACACAAUUUGUGUUAAUGUUUUAUGGUGUGUGGAAAUGCAUAGAUAUAUUCACAAUUGUGACUCACACAUCUACAGAGCUCCCGAACAGGUCUGGAUUUACUUUUAAUACCUCUGUAAAUGGGCACUUAGUCCCCCCCCCCCCCAUGGAUUUUCCAGCUUGUGCUGCUAUUUUUCCUUUCAGUGUGGGAAUACAGUGCAAUGUCGGCGCCGGCCAGUAGGUGGCGCUGUGAAUGGAGAAAGGCAGGGAAAGGAAGCUACAGCUUAUUCCUGCUUCUUUUUCCUGACUGCAUCCGCAGGGGAGCAGCACAGAGUGCAGCCAGCAGAGACAGCCCACAGAUCAGGUAAGUGAGACAUGGGGAGGCAGACUACAGAUCAGGUAAGUGAAACAUGGGGCGGCAGCCUACAGAUCAGGUAAGUGAGGCAUGGGGGCAGACUACAGAUCAGGUAAGUGAGGGAUGGGGGGCAGCCUACAGAUCAGGUAAGUGAGACAUGGAAGGCAGCCUACAGAUCAGAUAAGUGAGGCAUGUGGGGGGCAGCCUACAGAUCAGGUAAGUGAGGGUUAGGGGGGCAGCCUACAGAUCAGGAAAGUGAGAGAUGGGGGGCAGUCUACAGAUCAGGUAAGUGACGGAUGGUGGGGAGACAGCCUACAGGAAGGUAAAGUAGAAGGAGCAGACAUGAGCAGAAAGGUUCUGCAAGGGGCAGGAGGGGUUAGCAAGGAAUAGGAAGGAGCAGGAGGAGGCAGCAAGAAGCAGGAAGGGGUAGGAAAGGUUUGCAAGGAGCAGGAGGGUGAAGUAGAAGGGGCAGCAAGGAGCAGGAUGGGUCAGAACGAAGCAGUAGCGGUCAGCAAGGAGCAGGAGGGGCCUGCAAGGGGCAGGAGGGGUCUGCAAGGGGCAGGAUGGGCCAGCAAGGAGCAGGAUGGGCAAGCAGUAGGAAGAGGCAGCAAGGAGCAGAAAUGGUCUGCAAGGAUCAGAAAGGGUCUGCAAAGAGCAGGAAGGGGCAGCAAGGAGAAAAAAGGGGCAGAAAGAAUCAGAAGGAGCACAAAGGUAAAGUAGGAGAAGGAACAGAAAGGGUCUACAAGGAACAGAAAGGGUCUACAUGGAAAAUAAAGGGUCAGCAAGGAGCUGGAAGCAGCUGCAAGAAGCUGGAAGGUGCAGAAAGAAGCAGGAAGGGGCAGCAAGAAUGAGGAAGGGUCUGCAAUGAGCAGAAAGGAGCAGGAAGGGAAAUCAAGAAGCAGAAAGGGUCAACAAUUAUAUGUAAGGUACAGAAGGGGCACCUAAAGUAGGAAAAGGAAAAUAAAUGAACAGCAAGGAGCAGAAAGGGUCUGCAAGAAGCAGGAGUGCCCAUAAAAGGGCAGCAAUGAGCAGGAAGGGUCUGCAAGAAGCAGGAAGGGGCAGAAAGGGGCUGCAAGGAGAAGGAAGGGUCUGCAAGGAAGAAAGGGAUCAGAAAGAGAAAGGAGCAGAAGGGCGCAAAAUAGGCAGAAAGGUAAAGGAGCAGAUGGUGCCAAGGAGGAGAUAAGACGUGUCAGAAGAAACCACAUCAUAAGGCUGUGGUACCUGGACCUGGCAGGAAACUUUGGACCUUCUCAUCUCUCCAGGUAAAAAACAUAUCACAUAAUGUGUUCACUUUUAUUUACUGAGUGUCAGGAAACACAGAGGGCCGCUGGGUAAGGAUGAGGCUGCUGUUCUACACCAUUCAGCUGGCACUCUAAGCCAAUCAGUAGCUCCCCACUCGUAAAAACUUAAAAAUGUUUAUGAAUCGGGAACUAGUGAUUGACUUAGAGCGUCAGUUGACCACUCUAGUGGCACCCAUGCCUGACAUCAAUCUGCACUUCCUGACACUCCGUUUCAGAAGCUGAAUACCACUGAGCAACCUGGAGAUCUAAAGCUGGAGGCAGCCUUUGGGGUUAAACAAUUUGAGAGUGGUUUCACCCCUUAAUGGAAAGAGUGCGCCCAGGGGCCUCCUUGCAUCAUAUCAUUUUCAUUUAGAUGAAGUUGUUAUGAUGACCAGAAUUCUCCUUUAAUUUGAUUAAAGGAACACUAUAGUGUCAGGAAAACAAACAUGUAUUCCUGACAACAUAGUUGUGAAAACGCUAUUCACCCUGGAUUAUGUGAUAAUGACUAUGUUCCUCCCCUUCAUGACAGUGUCAAAAAGGGGUCAAACAUGGAUGUCAUUAUAAUUAUGCCCCACCCCCAUGGAAAAAAUUCCUGUGGACGCCCAUGCUCCUGUAUAAAGUGAAUUUGAUAAGUGCCUCCUACUCCUCCAAAAAAAAAUAAUAAUAAAAUAACAGAGAUGUACACUAAAGUGAGUGUAUACACACAUUCUGGCAUACACAUUCAUUCUCAUUCUCAUACACACAUAUAAUCCAACACAGAUUCUUACCAGACAUGUCCAUUUGUUUUUGGACAAAUAAACAAAUAAAUUAGAGUUUUUAUUUUUUUGCUCAUUUCAUCCAAAAACUAACAAUGAUUAAAAGAGUUGAGAGCAACCAAAUGAACUAAUGGAUCUCCCAACAAAUUUCGUGCAGCACCAUUUGUUCAUUUGUUUACAUUGACUGCUUUUCUGAGUGUAUUAAUCAUCCCCCAUUAGGAGUUAUUCUGACUUCCACAUUUUUGCUUCAUUCAUUUCCAGAGAGAGAUAAAUGGCCAUAAAAGAUUUGUUACCAAACAAAAAAUUUGUAUCUAGUUAUGGACGAAUCAAAUACAAUUGAGAGAAUUUUGGAAGAAUUAUUAUUAUUAUUAUGAUAUUUAUAGAGCGCCGUCAAAUUCCGCAGCGCUUUACAAUGGGUGGACGAACAGACAUGUAGUUGUAACUAGACAAGUUGGACACACAGGAACAGAGGGGUUGAGGGCCCUGCUCAAUGCGCUUACAUGCUAGAGGGAUUGGGGUAAAAUGACACAAAAAGGUAAGGAUAGUAUUAGACUAAUGACAGUUGCAGAAGAGGAAUCAGUCAGGAGCUAUUAACAGUUUAAUUGAUACGCUUUUAUGAAGAAGUGGGUUUUUAACUAUUUUUUGAAGGAGUGGAGACUUGGUGAGCAUCUAACAGAGGAGGGAAGCGAGUUCCACAGGAACGGUGCAGCCCUCGAGAAAUCUUGAAGGCGAGCAUCAGAGGUGGGAGUAGGGACAGAAGAUAGACGUAAGUCUUCAGCAGAUCGUAAGGGCCUAGACGGGACAUACUUGUGUAUAAGGUAGGAUAGAUAGGUGGGAGCAGCAUUAUGUAGAGAUUUGAAAGCAAGAACCAGAAUUGUAAAUUGAGCUCUAUAUUUUAUAGGAAGCCAAUGAAUCAUCAACCAAACAUUUUUCGUUAUGAAUGAAUGAACUGUGCACAUUUUUAAUUCUUGCACACAUACUCAUAUUCACUCACAAAUUAUCUGUAUUUAUUUAUUUUUGCCUCCCUACCAUAACUAGGUGAGCCAGAAUGAAUCCUCUCCUUGAUUUUUAGAUGAGGCAGUUGGAAUCAAAGUCCUCUGUCUGUACAGCUCCCUUGUAGUGAUGCUGGGGUCAAAGUGAUAUCCAAUCAUAUCUGUACAGGAAGCACAAGGGAACUGUGCAGAGAGAGAACACAGUGUGACCGCAAUUCCCUUGGUGCCCUGCCCCCGACGGGUCUGAUACAUUUGAGUAGGUUCUCUACCUCAGUGAAAACCCCAAAAGCACAGGGCAGUUUUUGCACCACCCCUUCUUAGACACCCUAAUAAAACCAAUAUGGCUAACUCACACUUAUGCCAACUCUGACCAUCUCAGUCUUCCAACGUUUUUGUGCAAAUCUAUUUCCAUUUCUCUAUUUCCUGUGUUUCAAGCUUUCCUCCUUUCUCCCCCAGAAACAUUUUGUAAUAAUGAAGUUUCUCUCCUAUAUAUUCCACAGUUCCUACGCACCUGUCCCAAUCUAUCCUCUUUACAAUCCUAUAUUCCUUCUCCAUUUUUUUAUUUUAGUAAUGUUCCCUUUAUUUUUCCCAUUCUCUGUCUCCAGGAGACCCACAUGUAUCAUGUUCUCAUUUUACAUAAAUAUCAUAAAAUCUAUUAGAGUUGGUUCUUUGUAGUUACUUUGAAGUACGGUAAACCGGUAAGCAGCUGAAUCCUUCAAGGCUGAACUGAAGACACAAAUUUUUCAACAUGGUCUAUAUAUCAAAUGUAUUUUCAAAACUAAUUGUCAAUUUUUAUAUCUAUAGACUCCUACAACGUGCCGGCAAUAAAAAAAGGAUGUGCUGAAGGAAUAAAUGAAAGUCAAGUGUUAGCUCUCAAUGACAAAGAUCAAUUAAAAACUACUGUAAACAUUGAAUAUUGUAAAGAAGAUCUAUGUAACAAAGGAACACAAUUUGUUUGUAGGUAUUCAUACAUCCUCAGAUAUUCAUUUAAAUGUUUUACAGGAUAUGUGAGAAAUUAUAAAUAUUCUUAUUUUAUCAUGUUGAACCCAGAUCUAUUUCCAUUUUUUGUAUUAAGAGAAAUGUCAUCAAAAUAAAUAUUAAGCAUAUAACCAUGAACAGUAUAAUGCUUACUGGUACAGUAUACUUUAUACAAGAGUUCAGUUUUAAGAAGAUGUGUAAAAAAGACAAACAUUUCUGAGAUUAAAGAGUUACUCCAGGCACCACUUCAGCGAUUAGAAGUGGUCAUAGUGCCUAAAAUCUGUAUGUACCUGAAUUCAGCGCUGUGUCCCUUGGCACUGGGUCAGGCUCCGCUCACACUUCUCCCCUAUCAUAUGCUGGCAGGGGGAGACCUAAUGCGCAAGCACGGCAAUGGAUGCGCUCGCAUUUGGAUUUCCCCAUAGGAAUACAUUAAUUAAUGCUUUCCUAUGGGGAUUCCGGUGAUGCUAGAAGUCCUCAUGCAUAGCGCGAGGAUGUCCAGCGUCGUUUAGACAACCAAAAGUCGUCUAAGCACCCGGAAGUCCGUCUAGUGACUGUCUGGUAGACAGUCGCUAGAGGAGAAGUUAACCCAAGCAGGUAAUUAAUAAAGUUUAGUAAAAACUUCAGUAAGUACAUGCUCAGGGUUAAGAGUGAUGGGACAGUGCACGCAAACCACUUCAAUGAGGUAAAGUGGUCUGGGUGCCUACAGUGUCCCUUUAAUUAUUGACAGACGGCAAAAAUAAUGAAAAUAAUGCUCCAAAAAUAAAUGUAGAAAUAUAUAAAUUAAUGUAUAUUUUUAAUUCUCAUUGUAUUCAUGUGUUAGCUUUGAUUACGUCUCACAGAGAAGCAUUGAGAGCACACAGUGAAUGUGUUUUUUCUGUGAUCCACCAAUCCAAUGCUUUUUUAUCAGAAGCGUUGGAUGCACACAGCAGUUUGAGCAUAUUUUACAUGUAUAUUGGACGUCAAAUUGACUCAAUAACUGAAACUGUUUCUGCCUGAAGCCAUUAACUGCUGUCUUUUUGAUAGCUACUAGUAUAUGGUAAAUCGUAAAUAGUGUAAGAAAAAUCACUUCAAAAAUAUGAAGUUCUUCUGGUGUUCUGGUGCCUAGAUGAUUCCUUUCAAAGAUCUGAUAUAUGCAUUUUACUUAGAUGGAUUCCUGUCUUUGUCCCAGGACAUUUGGGUCUGUAUAUAUAAUAUAAUCUCAUCUUUUUCAGAUGUGGACAACUUGGGUGAACCAACUGGAAAAUAUUGUGAGUCUUGCUACAGAAACAACACAUCAAAUGAAUGUGUUUCCAGAGAUCGAGUGGCAUGUCAUGGAAAUCAGAUUAAAUGUCUUUCCUAUAUAGGAAAACUAAGCAGAGCAGGUAUUGGGAACAAUAGGAAAAAUGUGCAUUUAAUAAAAUGAUCAGUAUAACUACAUGAUUUUGCAUUUAUAUCCCACACAGCACACACAACCUCCCCAACUAAACACACCCUACAUUCUUCACACAACACCCACUAAACAUAUACUACAUAAUCUACUCAAUACACCCAGCCUUCCCUACUAAACAUAUUUUGCAUUCCUGCAUCCUUCACCCCCACACACACACACACAACCCCCUUACUAAACACACCCUACAAUCUCAACACAACACACACAGCUUCCCCUACUAAACACAGACUACGUUCUCUACACUACACACAGCCUACCCCACAAAAUUCACACUGGAAGGCUGGCAGAAUAUACUAUGAAAAAAUCAACACUUUUUAAAUCACUUUUAGAACAUUCUAAUAAAUACAAUCAAAAUAAUGAUAAUAAUGGGAUCUUGGAUUUAUGCUGGGACCAAAUGGACAACCCACAUAGGAUCCAUUUGAAAUGUCCAGUAAAUUUUACUGACAAGCUGGUAAUCACUAAAAUAAGGUUGCAAUUUUUAAGCAAUUUUUAGCGAGUAAUUGCUGUAUACAAACUGUAAAAUCCUACCAUUAGCAACUCUUAAUUCCUGGCUGAUGAGACUUUUAACAGCACUUACUAAGUAUAAGAAUACUUGCUGACUUAUUUUCAUGCUUCUCAUCAAAUUGUGUCUGCUGUCACUAUCUCACCAAAAUAUAAAUAUGGCCUCUGUGAGGUAUUAGGAGACAGAGUCAAGUUAAAAACUGCAAACUUCCCUAACACCGAAUAAGUAAAAAUACAUUUUAAAAAUAAAUGUCAACAUACAAACUCUAAAACACCAUUUAUUCUUUGGGUUUCUCUUUGUCGGUUCCUUUAAAACAAAACAUAACAUUUAAUUAGUACAUCAUUAUACGAUUUGAUGUGUAAUAUUUUAAAAACAAUUUUAGUUAAAGCAGUAUGGUCAUGUUUUUAUUUGCCUGCAAUUUUCCUUUCUUUAUGUCCACGGUAUCUUAAUUAUUAUACUCCUGUGGUUGCCCAUGCCUUUAUUUAUAUUUAUUAUAAUUUUCUUCCUUGUGCCGGAUCUCAAUAUCUUGGUGCUGCCAUUUUGUUUUCAUCUGUCCUGCCUGAUGUCUGCUGUUUGUCCUGCUGUGGGAUUCUUCUGACUGAUGGAUUGUGGCUAAAUUAGUUUAGCAGCUGAAUUGGGACUUUGCAAAGACUCCUCCCAAUACUAAAGAAAGCUUCUCAUAGCCCACUAUUUUUUCUUAUGUAUUACUUUAAAAAUAAAAGGGUAAAUUUAAAAAAAAAUAUGAAAACAAGGCCUCAAUACUGAGGGACAAUAAAACGUAUUAUUUAAAAAAACAAAUCCUGAAAAGCAAAACAUUGCUGCUUAAAUAUUCCACUUUAAUUAACUUUACGUUCCCCUUGCAUAGCAUGCCUCCAAUUCACCUCCCUCCUACAGCCAUGAAGCUGGUAUUUGAUGUUCUGUAUGAUGUGGUGCUUACCAAGGACACUAACAGCACAAUGUACCUCCUUCUGCAGACCUCCUAUGUCUUCUCUUCACAAGUCUACCUGUCCUUUAUACCUGUCAUCAGUCAAUAAUGAUCUUUUGCUCGAAAAUUUUGGGUCCAAGUCUACCUCUCUGUUUUGAUCCUACAGCCUGUGACUGCCCUCCUACUUCCUAACCUGUCUAGACAUAUGCUUUUCUACUACCCUGGCAUUCUGAAACUUAACCACCUAAUCCUACUCCACUUGAUUCAAGAUUGUCCUUUUCUAUGCCAAUUGUACUAGCCCUCUCCUGACUCCUCUCCACACUAGACCCCAGCUCAAUCCCUGCAUGCCUAACACUCCCUACACAGACAUACAAUUUAACACAAUACUGCAGCUAUUUUUCUUCGUGAACUUUAACAUUAAUAUGUAGAAUAUUUUUUAUGUCCCAGAAUGUCAAUAUAUUUGUUCACCUUUAUAUGAAACAAGUUGAAAAAGUUGUUGAUUUAAACUGACUCUCUGUUUUGCAGAUGGCACUAUUGGGGAUUACAGUAUCAAAGGUUGUGUUUCCGAUCUGAUCUGCACACUGAAAUUUGGUUCCCUGCCAGGAACUAAAGAGCUGGAAGGAAAGUUAUUUGAAUGUUCUGCACCUUUAACGGAACCUAUAGACUGCAGUGGAUGUGAAUAAAAUUACAUUUUAAUGACUUUUGUGCUUGCCAAGUAGUUGCCAAAAAAUUUAGAUUCAGAAACAUGAGCAGGAACUGAACAAAAUUAUAAAGUAAAAAAAACUGCUAUUAACAUUGUAAAAUGCAUCUAAAGGGAAGAGAGGAAAUUCACAUUGUCCUGCUUACUCUUUAUGUACUAUGCCCAAACACCAAUUCCCCACAGUUGAUCAGAUAUUUCUUUAAUAUAAUAACUACUAUUCACAUUCAGCAUUUAUUAAAAAAUGGGAAAUAAAUUAAAUUAGUUCAUUCUUUA